GUAACUUUGUGAUCCAUUUGACUCAUUAAAACCUUUCCUGGAAAACCCAUUGAGACAAAACCAAGGAUAAGGAAAAAGAGUACAAAUGAUCACAACCCCAUUAGAGCUCUUCUUGGACUUGGAUCAUCAUUAUUACUUCUUAAGUUGAGUCUUAUCCAUUCCAGUCUGAGUUCUCUUCGGAUGUGAGCAUUUGGUUAAGUAAACCUCCAAUUCCUUGCAUAAAUCUCUUAGCUUUAGCACGGGUCAAAGGUCCAACCGCUGGUACAAGCAUUGCAUACGCAGGUUCAAGCUCAGCUUCCACAAGUUCUUCCUGGUUGCCUUCCAUGAUCACGUCAAGGGGCGAGAGUGUGAUUGAUAUUCUGCUCCUUUGUACCUACUCCGCAUAAAUUCCGACCCUCUGUACUCAGCAGAAGCCCUACUUCUUCGCGCCUCAGAGUAUUGGUGAUCCUCUCUUCCGGGUCUGCUUGUUUGUUCUCUUCUUUCCUGCGCAUUCUCCUUCCGCCUGCUAGUCGAGGAAAGUUUUGCAGAGGAAAGUCUCUGCAUCUCUCUUCUAGCGGAACUCCAUUUGCUUUCAAGAGGUGGGGGUUUUGAGUUUUCCUUUGCAGCCGGUAGAGGUGGUUUCAGCUCAGGGCAUUUGCUGAGUUCAUGGUCUAGCUUGAGGCAUCUACUGCAGUGUUUUUCCAGGCGUUCAUACACGAGUGUGGCUUCCACAAUAUCUCCAUUGGCGAAUUCCAGAGUAUAUUUCUUCAGGAGUAGCAGAAAGCCGUUUAUGCUCACUCUCAUUCUAGCUGAGGUUGGAGUUAUUUCCCAGCAUUCGAACGAGCCCAGGUCGUCUCCAAUACUCCGGAGCAUAGUUUCAUUCCAUAGGUGCAGUGGAAUUCUUUGGACCUUUAUCCAAAAAGGGAUCUGGGAGGGAGAGCUUGGGGAGACUAUAGGCUCCCAUUGUUGGAUAAUGAGCAUCCAUUUUGCAUAGUGGUAUGGCCUGUUGUCUAACACCUUCUGCAUAUCCUCCUAGGAUCCAAAUUGGAAUUGGAAGAGCCCUUGUCCCAGAUCUGCACCAAUCGGGUGAGAGAAUGUCUUCCAGUGUUCUGUGAAGAAAGGAAUGAGGGACCAGAGCUUCUGGAUCUUGGGAUUUGUCACUCGUCCGAUAAUCGUUAGGGAGUGCUGUUUCAUGAGCUCUGAGUUAUCGAAAUCCGGCACCCUCCCUCUUCCAGCUCGGAGGGGUUCACUCGGGUUCUCAACACCACCAGGGUGAGAGAGUUUCAAGUGGUACGGAGACCACCGAGUUUUCACUGAAAAAACAGGAAGAGAUAAUACAAACUCGCACAAAACCAAUCUAUAUGUUUGACUUCCAAGGAUUCUUACAUAAACAUCACCGUAGUCUUGAAAAGGUGUAGAGGAGCUUACCGGAGUUCGGUUUGAAGCGGACCCUCCGACCUCCGUCCGGGGUGGAACCCAGUAUUAGAAAACCAGGAGUGGUAAAAUUCAAAAAAAUUUCUAUUUUAAGAAAAAGUAGGUGGUUUUGAAAGAAACUGGUGGGUGAAAACCAGACAGUUGAGACUACUAUGGAGCAAAUAAUCAAUAUUCGAAUUUCCCAUAUCAAUUAGAAAAAGUGAAAUAGCCCAACAAGUAGAUCCAUUUGAGGGAUUGGAUUAUCUCAUUUCCCUCUUCUUCUCAAUCCACCCAGACAUCAUCACCACCAAGACGAAUAUGGCUUCCCAUUGCUCCAUCAGAGGAGCUGUGGGCCUAAUCCUCCUCAGAUUCUCCCAUGGCGUCUCUUCCAGAUCCAUCCUCAACUCCAAAAACCAUCGUCUUCUCUCCAUGACGAAUUCUCUCUCCUCUCUCUCCUCAAUCUCGCCUUUCACAGCGUCACAUUACGAUGACCGAAACUGCAGCAAGAGUCAAGUCAGAAAGAUUUGCAUAUGCUCUCCUCUUUGUAUGGGUCGUCGCUCUUCCAAAAUCGCUGGCCGAAAGGGGGCUCAAGAUUCAAAGAAGGCGAAGCUGUACUGUAGAAUUGGCAAGGAGGUUGUAUCUGCUGUCAAGAAAGGUGGUCCAAACCCUGUUUCAAAUACAGUUCUAGCUACCAUACUUGAGAAAGCAAAGGACUUAGAUGUACCGAAGGACAUUGUGGAGCGUAAUAUUAAAAGGGCUUCUGAGAAAGGGCAAGAAGAUUUUAUGGAGAAGAUUUACGAGGUAUAUGGCUAUGGAGGAGUUAGUAUGGUAGUGGAGGUCUUAACAGACAAAAUUAAUCGAUCAGUGGCAGCUAUUAGAUCGGUUGUUAAGGACUAUGGAGGAAAAAUGGCUGAUUCAGGAUCUGUCAUGUUCAAGUUUAGACGAGUUAGGGUAGUGAAUAUAAAAGUCACCGAUGCUGAUAAAGAUCAGCUCCUUGAUAUUGCUUUAGAUGCUGGAGCAGAGGAUGUUAUUGAGCCACCAACUUAUGAAGAUGACACUGAUGAAGAUAGAGCAGAAAGGUACUACAAAAUUGUAACUACUUCUGAGAACUACUCAACAAUAUUGUCAAAGCUACGUGAUGAAGGAGUGAACUUCGAGCCUGACAAUGGCUCUGAACUGCUCCCUCUGACUACAGUAGAGGUGGAUGAUGAGGCCAUGGAAUUGAACAAAGAGCUUAUGCAGAAACUACUAGAACUUGAUGAUGUCGAUGCUGUUUAUAUCGACCAAAAAUGAGAAAAUACAUUACUUGAAGCUCUCCAUUCCAAGAUCUCGGGAUUCGAAGUUCAUCAGAGUAGUUAUCAGGGCAAUCUCUGAACUGGUUUUUUUUUUGAAGUCUGCAUAUAUUCUGAAGAAGAGAUGAUGGUUUCUGCCUUUCUGGUACACAGAUACGUUUCGCUUCUUCUACUAUCUAAUUUGAAGCUACAAAACAAAAACUACUACCUUAUAGUUUCUUAAUAAAUUUUGUCUCUGAACCAAACACUGUUUAACAAUUUAUUUAUAGUCAUCACAACAGAGCUAUACAUCCGAACUAUAGCCUAAAUCAAGUUCUGCAGGAACUCGGAUCAAUCAAGAAAAUAGUUC